GGGGAGUGUCACAGAGCUAUCUUUCUUACCCCGCUGAGGGCUGUCACCUAUAGGAUAAGGAUGCUGAUCACAGUGGGUGGCCCUCACACUGCUGUAAGUAGAUCCUGUGAUUGUUGUAGGCAAUAGAACCUAGCUCAGAGAGGGUGAGCAACUUCCCCAAGAUCACCCAGCUAGUAAGCGGCAGAAGUGGGACUUGAACUCGGGUCUGUUCGACUCAAAUCCAUGCACUUGGACACCAAACCUUCCUUGGGCAGAACCCAGCUGGACAGGUUCCCAAAGGUCUGGCUUUCUAGCCAAGCGUGCUGUUCAACAGGUGAACGGGGUUAACGAGCACGCACCCGGCUCGCGCCCUUCCCAGCCCCUGCCCUUCGGCGCUGCCCUGGGGAGACUCAGCUAACCUCUCCCUCUUUCUCUUUGUCUGUCUGUGUCUGUCUGUCUGCCUCUCUCUGCCUCUCUGUGGGGGGGUUUCCCCUCUUCUCUUCUAUCCUCUGGAUGUGUGUCCCUUUGGUUCUGCCGUCACCUCCUGUCUGUCUGUCCAUCUUGUUGUUCUGUGCCUCCUCUCCCUCCCUGUGCCUCUCCUCAUCUCUCUGCAGGACACGCCCGUGGAUAUGGGUGGGGCCCUGGGGCCAGCCCUGCUGCUCACCUCACUCCUCGGUGCCUGGGCAGGGCUGGGCGCGGGGCCGGGCGAGCAGGCUGUGACGGUGGCCGUAGUGUUUGGCAGCUCGGGGCCGCCCCAGGCCCAGGCCCAGACCCGGACCCGCCUCACCCCCCAGAGCUUCCUGGACCUGCCCUUGGAGAUCCAGCCACUCACCGUGGGGGUCAACAACACCAACCCCAGCAGCCUCCUCACCCAGAUCUGCGCGCUCCUGGGUGCGGCUCGCGUCCAUGGCAUCGUCUUUGAGGACAACGUGGGUACCGAGGCCGUGGCCCAGAUCCUCGACUUCAUCUCCUCCCAGACUCACGUGCCCAUCCUCAGCAUCAGUGGGGGCUCCGCUGUGGUCCUCACCCCCAAGGUGCCCGUUCAAACUCAUUCCCCUCGUCCCUUGGGCCUGGAGCCAGGCUGGGGCUGGGGGAGCAGGGCUGAGUCUGAGCCAGGGGGAGACUCAGGCCUUGGGAAGUUGGAAGAGGGUGGGAUGGACAGGGAGGUGGAGACCCAGGGAGGAGAGGGAGGGAGGAGAAGGCUCUCUCAGCCGGUGGUUCUCCACCCUCAGUUCUUCCGAAAGACCCGACAGCCAGCGCCCCAACUCCGAGACUGCGAUUCGGUUGCUCUGGAACAGCGCUUCCCAAAGCAGGGCGCUCGAGAGUCACCCGCAGAGCUUGUUGAAAUACAGAUUCCCGGGCGCCACCCCCCAGAGGUUCUGAUCCCGCAGGACAACGUGGGUACCGAGGCCGUGGCCCAGAUCCUCGACUUCAUCUCCUCCCAGACUCACGUGCCCAUCCUCAGCAUCAGUGGGGGCUCCGCUGUGGUCCUCACCCCCAAGUUCUUCCGAAAGACCCGACAGCCAGCGCCCCAACUCCGAGACUGCGAUUCGGUUGCUCUGGAACAGCGCUUCCCAAAGCAGGGCGCUCGAGAGUCACCCGCAGAGCUUGUUGAAAUACAGAUUCCCGGGCGCCACCCCCCAGAGGUUCUGAUCCCGCAGGUGGGCGAGGCGCCCCGGAAUUUGCAUUUCCCCCAGCUCCCAGGCAGGUUGGGGGGCGGGGGCGCUGCAGGCAGGGCUAAGGGAAUGCCCAGCUUCUCUCCCGCCUACAGGCACCUACUGAACGUCACCUGGGAGGGCCGGGACUUCUCCUUCAGCCCCGGCGGGUACCUGGUCCAGCCCACCAUGGUGGUGAUCGCCCUCAACCGGCACCGCCUCUGGGAGAUGGUGGGGCGCUGGGACCACGGCGUCCUCCACAUGAAGUACCCGGUGUGGCCUCGCUACAGUGCGUCCCUGCAGAGCAACCACACCUUCAGCAGCGGGGACACAGCCCCCUACACCAAGCUCUGCUGCAAGGGCUUCUGCAUCGACAUCCUCAAGAAGCUGGCCAAGGUGGUCAAGUUCUCCUACGACCUGUACCUGCUGGAGGGGGGGAGGCGGGGAGAGAGCUCCAGUGUGGGAGCCCCGCCCCCAUGGCCCCAGGUGUACUACAAGCGGGCGGACAUGGCCAUCGGCUCCCUCACCAUCAACGAGGAGCGCUCUGAGAUCGUGGACUUCUCGGUGCCCUUCGUGGAGACGGGCAUCAGCGUGAUGGUGGCGCGAAGCAAUGGCACCGUGUCCCCGUCGGCCUUCCUGGAGCCCUACAGCCCCUCGGUGUGGGUGAUGAUGUUCGUCAUGUGCCUCACCGUGGUGGCCCUCACUGUUUUCAUGUUCGAGUACUUCAGCCCCGUCAGCUACAACCGGGACCUCACCAGCGGCAAGAAGUCUGGGGGCCCAUCCUUCACCAUUGGCAAGUCCGUGUGGCUGCUGUGGGCACUGGUCUUCAACAACUCAGUGCCCAUCGAGAACCCCCGGGGCACCACCAGCAAGAUCAUGGUCCUGGUCUGGGCUUUUUUUGCCGUCAUCUUCCUGGCCAGCUACACCGCCAACCUGGCUGCCUUCAUGAUCCAGGAGCAAUACAUCGACACCGUGUCCGGCCUCAGUGAUAAGAAGUUUCAGCGGCCUCAGGAUCAGUACCCACCCUUUCGCUUCGGCACGGUGCCCAACGGCAGCACGGAGCGCAAUAUUCGCAGCAACUACCGGGACAUGCACACCCACAUGGUCAAGUUCAACCAGCGCUCCGUGGAGGACGCGCUCACCAGCCUCAAGAUGGGGAAGCUGGACGCCUUCAUCUAUGAUGCCGCUGUCCUCAACUACAUGGCAGGCAAGGAUGAGGGCUGCAAGCUGGUCACCAUUGGCUCCGGCAAGGUCUUUGCCACCACCGGCUACGGCAUCGCCAUGCAGAAGGAGUCCCACUGGAAGCGAGCCAUCGACCUGGCACUCCUGCAGUUCCUGGGGGAUGGGGAGACCCAGAAGCUGGAGACGGUGUGGCUCUCGGGGAUCUGCCAGAACGAGAAGAACGAGGUGAUGAGCAGCAAGCUGGACAUCGACAACAUGGCGGGCGUCUUCUACAUGCUGCUCGUGGCCAUGGGGCUGGCCUUGCUGGUCUUCGCGUGGGAGCACCUGGUCUACUGGAAGCUGCGCCACUCGGUGCCCAGCACGUCCCGGCUGGACCUCCUGCUGGCCUUCAGCAGGGGCAUCUACAGCUGCUUCGGCGGGGUGCAGAGCCCGGCCAGCCCCGCGCGGCCGCCCAGCCCCGACCGUUCCAUGGACCCAGGUCCAGGACUGGGGCAGUCUCAGGCGGCGGGUACGAGUCUAGCCCCCUGUGGCGAGAACAGCUGUGUGGCUAAGGGCCUGGCAAGGCGCCCAUUGCCCACCUUCCACUGCUCAGCAGGGCCUCCCCGCCGGCCACCUGCCCCGUCCAUCCGCCCGAAGCGGCCUCUCUGGCCGCAGAAAGUGGAAACCAUGACCCAACUGCCCCCUCACCCAGCAGAUGUGACAAAUGUGCUUGAUGCACACGGCCGGGCAUCCUGGAAAGAAGCCACGCUGGCAGAUGGAGGUGAACGGGAAACGAUGACACACGGGGACAAGAUGAGAACGGAAGACGUGGGACCACAGAGGCCCCAAGCACCCCAGCAGGGCAGUCAGAGAGCAGAGGACCCUUCCAGGGGUCACAGCUCUGGGCUCAACCUGUACGCGCUGCUGCGCCUGUGGGAGGGCUGCUCUGUGCUGUGGUGGCUCAGGAGCCCCGAGCAGGAGCUGGCGCCCACAGCAGGGGCCUCACAGUCCUGGUCUGGGGAACCUGGUGCCCACCAGCACCUCCUGUUCAUGUCAUCAGGGCGGGCCAGCAGGGAGGGGGGCUGGGGCCCGGGGUUCAUCCUGAGGGGCAGCGUCUAUGAAGUGGAUUUCCCAGACCAGGAGGCGGAGGGCUGGGAGUAG